CGCAACAAUAUGAUGGACCUUUUUGAGACCAACACUUAUCUGUUCAAUGACCUGCGCUACCUGGAGGAAGGGGACCAUGGACCGCUGCAGCACCUGGACAUGUCCGGCGUGUCUCCGCUGUACAACGGCCACGACAGCCCGCCGUCGCCCGGCCAGGACCGCGUCCCGUCCGAGACCGGCGGGGAGAGCAGCGGGGAGGAGCACGUCCUGGCGCCGCCGGGACUGCGGGCGCACUGCGAGGGCCAGUGCCUCAUGUGGGCCUGCAAGAUCUGCAAGAGGAAGUCGGCGCCGACGGACAGGCGCAAGGCCGCCACGCUCCGCGAGCGGAGGAGGCUCAAGAAGAUCAACGAGGCCUUCGACGCCCUGAAGAGGAAGACCGUGGCCAACCCCAACCAGCGGCUGCCCAAGGUGGAGAUCCUGCGCAGCGCCAUCAGCUACAUCGAGCGGCUGCAGGACCUGCUGCAGACCCUGGACGAGCAGGAGAAAACGCCAAGCGGGUCUUGCUUUAACCCCAAAGAACACAACGUGUCCGGUGAAGAGUACCGCUGGAAGACGUCCUCCGAGUCCUGGCCGACCUCUGCUGACCAUUCCACUGCAGCGAUGACCCAGAGAGAAGGAGCCGGCGAGUCCUCGGCGUCCUCCAGCCUCCUGCGCCUGUCCUCCAUCGUGGACAGCAUCACCAGCGACGAGAAGACCAGUUUCUCCGAGGAGAUCUCAGAAAACUGAAGCGACGGCGACGACCUGAACAGGACGAC